CUUGGUGCGGCGUGUUCAAGAGCACAGAAUCAUCCUUUUCACUAUCAAAAGAAUAUGCUGUUUAAUUUGAGGAUCCUGUUGAACAAGGCAGCUCUUAGAAACAGUCACAGUUUCACGGUUCGAAAUUAUCGAUGUGGACAACCACUACAAAAUAAAGUACAGCUAAAGGGUCGUGACCUCCUCACUCUAAAGAACUUUACAGGAGAAGAAAUUAAGUAUAUGCUAUGGCUAUCAGCAGAUCUGAAAUUCAGGAUAAAACAGAAAGGAGAGUAUUUGCCUUUACUGCAAGGAAAGUCUCUAGGCAUGAUUUUUGAAAAAAGAAGUACUCGAACAAGAUUGUCCACAGAAACAGGCUUUGCACUUCUGGGAGGACACCCUUGUUUUCUUACCACACAAGAUAUUCAUCUGGGUGUGAAUGAAAGUCUCAUGGACACAGCAUGUGUGUUGUCUAGCAUGACAGAUGCAGUGUUGGCACGAGUGUAUAAACAAUCAGAUCUGGACAUCCUGGCUAAAGAAGCAUCCAUCCCAAUCAUCAAUGGGCUGUCAGAUUUGUACCAUCCUAUCCAGAUCCUGGCUGAUUACCUCACUCUCCAGGAACACUACGGCUCUCUGAAAGGCCUUACCCUCAGCUGGAUUGGGGAUGGGAAUAACAUCCUGCACUCCAUCAUGAUGAGUGCAGCGAAAUUCAGGAUGCACCUUCAGGUGGCUACUCCAAAGGGUUAUGAGCCUGAUCCCAGCAUAAUCAAGUUGGCAGAGCAGUAUGCCAAGGAGAACGGUACCAAGCUGUCACUGAUGAACGAUCCAUUGGAAGCGGCUCGUGGAGGCAAUGUAUUAAUUACAGACACUUGGAUAAGUAUGGGGCAAGAAGAGGAGAAGAAAAAGCGGCUCCAGGCUUUCCAGGGUUACCAGGUUACAAUGAAGAUGGCUAAAGUUGCUGCUCCUGACUGGACAUUUUUACACUGCUUGCCCAGAAAGCCAGAAGAAGUGGACGAUGAAGUGUUUUAUUCUCCACGAUCACUUGUAUUCCCAGAGGCCGAAAACAGAAAGUGGACAAUCAUGGCUGUCAUGGUGUCCCUGCUGACAGAUUACUCGCCUCAGCUCCAGAAGCCAAAGUUUUAA